AGCACGACCGGAAGCAUGGCGAACCCGUACGCGAUGGGCCCCCUGUACCACAGUCCCGGUGUGCAGAGUUACUGCGCGCCGACGGACAACCUGUCGCUGGCCGGCCACUACACCGAUAUGCGCAACUCGGCCGCCGGCUGGUACGGCUCGACCGCCAGUGACCCACGCUUUGCGAUAUCUCGACUUAUGGGCGGCUCGGCCGGCGGUACGAUGGGUCAUGCAAUGUCAAACAUGGGCAGUCUCGCGGCGUGCAGCGUGUCCGACACCAAACCGAUGCAGUUUCCGCUUGCACAGCGGCGGAAGCGACGCGUACUCUUCACGCAGGCGCAGGUUUACGAGCUGGAGCGAAGAUUCAAGCAGCAGAAAUAUUUGUCCGCCCCGGAACGCGAGCACCUAGCCAGCUUAAUACACCUCACCCCCACACAGGUGAAGAUCUGGUUUCAGAACCAUCGGUACAAGUGCAAGCGGCAGGCCAAGGAGAAAGCAAUGGCCGAGCAGAACCAGCACAAUCAGUCAGCCAGCUCACCACGACGUGUGGCCGUACCAGUACUAGUUAAAGAUGGCAAGCCGUGCUCUGGCGGGUCGAACGGCAGCAGCAACAGCAGCAGCAGCAGCAACGGCAGUGCCGGGGCCGGUGGCAGCGCCAGCAACGGGAGUGGCGGCCCGGGCAGCAGCACUUCCGGCGGUAGCGGCAGCAUCGUGAUGCUGAACGACUCGAGCGCCCACUCGCCGGACACGGCCACCGCGGCGCUACUGUCGUCGUACAAUGCCGGCGCCGCCCACCAGCACCAGAUGCUGCAGCAACCGUGCAAUAACGCCCUCAUGUCCAACAGCCUGGCGAUGGCCUACCGGAACCAGAACAACUUCAUGGCCAACAGCCACCAGCAGCAGUGCGGCGGCUACCUGCCGCUGCAGACGCGCGCGUGGUAAUAUUAGUGGACCCAUUUCCGUUUCCGUAUUCCGUCUGGCUAGGGCUGACAUUUUUGCGUGGUUGCGUGUGUGUGCUGUGUCCUUCGGUAGGUCUGCUCUGUACAUACUCUGCGAUCGGCAGUUUCUGCUUUUGCUCUAUUGCUUUCGUUCGGUCGGCACCGAUUUCAAAAUGGCUUCUCCAUCGAAAAUGGAAUCGGCCUUCGUCGGGGUGACGUCACCAAUAUUAUUUACUCCGCAUUGGGCAGAAUUCAGAAGUACCAAAAAAAAAAAUCAAGACAUGGAAAACCGGAAAAACUGUAACCACAUCGCCGAAAGCGCAACGUUCCAAGUGUACCUAAUUCCGGGAUGAACAUAUAUAAAGUAAGAAGCGCACAUACACGCUCACACACCGACACGUUUGUAUAUAACUGUUUUAUUGAGCAUCGAUCAAGACCCCAGGGUGUAGUAUCCGGGCACGCGGAACCGAACAUUCGGUGGUAAAACCGCGGAAUUAUCUCGACGGAACGGCUGGAAAGGGAACCGAAACAUUAGCCGGAGCAAAGAGCAAAACACUAACCCAACCAAUUAUUGUAGCAAAAUCGUUUAAACCCCACUGAAACAUACCGACACCGACCGGCCACAGUUGCACGAGGCGCACUAGUGUUUUGAUCGUUUUGUUUGCCCUGCCAAACUCUAAAUGUUUAUGUCCGCUGAAUCCGGGGCUGAAGACAGAUUGCACAGAUUGGGAAUGGCGCGACAAAGAGAAUUAAUUAUAAUAUAUUAACGAUCGUACGUAAGGUAAUUCGUAUUAACGGCUAGGGCAGAACGAUUGUGUCGCUGGCAUUGACGGACCCCGUUGGCACGCAAAAACAAACAAACGCAGAAAUCGAUGGAAUUUCUAUUCAACACAUUCAAUUACGGAAAUGGGUAUUGGUAACGAAACAGGACGAAGGAAGGCCGGAAGGCUGGCGGGCCGCAGCACUCAUCUCAUUCCGGUGCGUCGUCGUCAUUAUUUUCGAUGCACUUAAUCGGCGGCCAAACAAACUACGCAAGCGUCCCGAAGAAUGAGGUUUGCGGAUGAGUAGGUGAAAAUAAAUAAUAAUUAAAUACAACACAAAACCAGGGCAAUGCAACGUGUGUCCGCACACGGAGCAAGAGAGCAAGUAGCAAAAUUGUACAGUUUGCGGCUAAGGACGAAACAGAUGAUUCCAGAAAUGAUUUUUAAAUGAUAAAAUAAAGUAAAUAAACACUGAACGAAAAUGCCAAUGCGUUAGUGGUGCGUGUGGUUCGUGAGAAAAUAGAUACAGUAUAGUGUUGCAGCCACUUGUUUGUCACUAACGCCAGCGCACCCCGAGCACGUUCCCGAGCACGUGAAACACCAACCGGCGUCUGGCGUGCCGAGCGCAAGGUUGGGCAGGGUAGCCAGCAGCAGUAUCAAUGAUAAAGGUCCCGAAUAGGAAAUGUGCAAAUCAUUCGUAGUUCGUAGAGACUGGCCGGCCGGCCAGCCAGCCAGCCAGCAAACGUUUGCAAGUCAUAUGUAAACUCAGCCCGUGUCGAGGUGGUGCGAGAUUAAGGAGUAUGCGCAAAGCUAACCCCGGAGCAGGGCCGGAUAAGAAA